UAGCUGUUGCACUUGUAUGGGAAACUCUGUAAUCCAGGACAAUUUUGAAGAUAUUAUCAUUAAGGUUCUUAAGGAUAGGCAGCAAAUAAUGUUGAAGAAGAGCAACCCCACAACCGAUGUUUCUUCGAAAUUCUCAGAGCUACUCCGUAAAUCUAAGAUUGUAUAGAAAGGAAAAGGAAAAUAUCAUUUUUCUUGUAGGAGCAACAAGAGAAUGUUGGCAGAUUCAGACAAGGAGGAGAGCAAAGAAGGCUCACGCAUUGUAAAAUAUGUAGGUUCUAUAGAAGGAGAGAUCAAGGACUUCAAGAGGGAGAUCGCGUCAAGAAUCCAAAAUCAAGCAGAGUCAGAGAAGAAAAAGGAGAUACUUGGCUACUUUUUCAAUCAAGGUGCAAUUUAUGCUAAUGCAAACUUGUUAGGCUCAAGCAUGAGUUAAGAUCUUCUCGAUUUCUCUGAAGUCAAUUAGAUAUAUGGCCUUUAAAAGAUAAUCGAAUAAAGGCUCUCAAGUAACAAAGGUCUCUAAAUAUACACCUCUGGAGGUGUCUCUGAAAGAGUUUGAAAAUCUUAUAAGGACCUUCUUCAGCCAUGCUCAACCAAAAGUACUGGACUUCAUCCGAAAUCUGAAUCUGAGUGAUUCAAAGCUUAAUUCCCUAGACAUAAGUUCAUGU